AUGAAAGUGAUGAAUAACAGUGAGCAAGCCAAAAUUACGGGUUCAGGCGUAAUCGCUAUUAGUGGCAUGCACGGCAUGGCCCGAGCUGGAGUUCUCACAAGCGCCGGGCACAGAAGUCGGGCCAACAUUCCCCAUCCAGCCCACCACGAUGCUUUCAUCGGUUGCAUUGCCAACCCAGAACCAAGUACUCCAUGCCCCAGGGACCUGCAGCAUAAGCACCGCUUGCAAAGGCCAUCGGUACGGUUCGCGAACCAAGACGCCAAACCUUGUGUGUCGAAAUCUGCUACCUCACACCGCAACAACGCUACUGCGAAGUCGAAAUCUACGAGACCCGCGGGGGCCAGGGUCUUGACCAAAAUGGAGAGAGGCCACCAGAACGGUUUGUCUACUGCGAGAUCGCGAAAUAACUUGCGGCAUGUGAGAUCACGUCUGUCUCGGGAGCCGUCAACAGACGCGAAGCAUCGACGUGCUGAUAGAGGACGGGAGAAAUAUGAGUCUGAUGAGUCCGGCGAUGGCGAUCAGCAGAGACAUUCACGCAGAAGAGUUCCUCCAGGUGCUCGCCGGCGUCAGACGUCCAAAGGUUCAGGCAAGGAAAAACAUCCUGACGGACAUGAGCUUUUCACAUGGAGCGCACGCCAUCCUCGGACUGGCGCUCCCAAUCGUCGCAUCUCCAGCAGCACCGCCAGCAGCAGCAGUGCCUCCUCCAGUGAUGAGAUAUCUGAAGACAGCUGUGUGGACGAGCCCAUUCGCCGUGGCGUGAGCCCGCAGGGGUGGCGGUCAAAAAGGGGUCAGUGCAUUCGUCGAGAUGCUGGUCAUGCCACAUCUUCAGCAUCAUCUGAGGAGAGCGACUCGUCAAUAAUCUCCAGCGAUCAAUCGGAGGAACCGUUAUCAUCCGCGUUAGUGCCUCAGAAUGCUGUACGGGGUCGAGGCAAAAAAUCUGCCGUUGCCAAACGUCCAGUGAGAAGAGAGUCCCCCCAGUCGGCGCACUUUCAGCUGCAAGCUUCCAACGUGCAGCCAAGCCUGAGGAGAGUUCAUCACGAUGGUAAUGCAUUAGUCAACCCUGAGGCUUCACCGCGGUCUAUAUCUCCGGGAAAUAGACGACCUCAUUCCUCUAGAGAGUCUGGUAUGAGAUCGAAUGUCGGAAGGACCCGAGUCGUUCCUCCCGAUCCACCGCCAGCCCCUUCACCUCCUCUGCCCCCUGCAUCGCCCCUUAAACGUUCCCUUCUAUAUCACGAUUCUGAUCGCGUGGGAAACGAUUCAUCCGGCAGACACUGGGAAGACCGUCUCUUGGAGCCGAGCAACCGGAUCCACGAAUCAGACUCGGACGACUCUUUUUUAGACUAUGGGGAUAUAGACCACCGGGAGCAAGGGAACCCCAACAACAUCCGGUUGCUCCCUACGUCGGGCAGCCAUUAUCCACACUCCGUCGACCUGCCAUCCCCAAUCUCGGAGAACGAGUCAGAAGAGGAGAUAACGUCCCAGCACUCGACCCCGGAAAUGGAGGAGAGAGCGCAUCUUCACGACGAAUGGCGACACCUUUCUCGGAGUUUGAAGCAUGCCCAAUACCCGAAGCAGUCAUCCAAAGUCAACCUCCAAACGGCGGACCAUCAGAUGCCACGGGUGGUCAAGAAGCCUUCCAUGAGCCGGACUCGGCACAAGGAACACUCCCAAUCAAGUCGGCAUUCGAACAGCCUGGUACAUACUCGAGAGAAACGUCACGACGGGAAUGCAUUCACUACCACACCCACUACCACUCAUACUACACAUGGCGCCCUGACGAUGGCAAAAGGUCAUUCUCGGAAAAGCGUAAUCAUGCCCAGGUCCCGUCGUUCAACCGUAAGCGAAAAGAAGGAGAAUUCUCGGAACCAGCCUCAAACGAUCUCCAUACGAUUUGGGUCACGACCUCCGAUGCAAGUGUCGCUAGGGAAAUCAAGCACCAUGUCCGUCACAUCUUCGAGAAGCGAUUCAAAGUCCGAUCCUCCCGCCACAAAGAUCCGAGCCCUUCCAGAACGCGAACGCAUGAGUCCAGAAAGCCCGCGAAGUACGCAUGGGUUCACCCAUAUGCCAGAGACCGACAUGUGGCCUAUAGAACACCCCGGCAGGAGCGUGCACGAGGACCGUAAGUUGCCGCAAAAUCCUGCUGUUGUCGAACCCAGAAGGCGAAGUAUUUCCCAUCUUGAUCUAUACGCGAGAGAUCCUCGGGCACCAUCGGAGUAUCGUCACCAUCCGCAGAUACCAGUCGAUGUUCCUUUGGACGAUGAAGUUGAGGAAUCCGACGGAUAUGACGAAGACUCUGAAGAUUUCUCCGAGGAAGAAGCACUCCCUCCCCCGGCUCCUCCCCCUGUGCCACAGCCACCUUCCCUUCCACGCGAAACUAGAACGCAGGCCGGUGUAGGGAGUGGAGUAAACGGCGCCUCUUCAGCUGGAGUUUCCCGCUUUUGGCCCUUCAGUCGUGCACCAGCAAACCCGCCGGUUGACGAGAUGAUGAAUCCUAGGCGCAAUAGCAUGUCGGCUCAUCUUGAUAACGCUACCCCAGGUCGGUUGAACCAUCCCAUGUCGAAUCUGCCUGGUGCUGGAUUACCCAACCUGCAUAACUAUGGGAUACCUCGUCAGGUCAACACGGCACCGAUGCAGCAAAACCAGAGGAUACAGCCGCAGCAGCUGAAUGGAAUACCACCUCAACAUAUGGGUGGAGUUCCCAUGCAACGGAUUGGCGCAUUGCCGGUGCAGCAAGAGCACAAGAUGCAACCACAACCGCAACCACAAACACAACCUCAGCCCCAGCCCCAGCCCCAGCCCCAGUCCCAGCCGCAAUUACAGCCGCAACUACAACCACAACUACAACCACAACUACAACCACAACUACAACCGCAACUACAGCCGCAACUACAGCCGCAACAAUUCAGUGUAGUUCCGCCUCAGAAGGCCGGUGGAAUACCUAUACAACAGGCCAAUAGAUUGCCAGUGCAGCAGUUUAAUGGCAUACCAGUUCAGAAUGUCAGUGGGAUACCCAUGCAGCCAGCCAACGGACUGUCAUUGCAACAGGGUAAUCAAUUACCACUGCAGUAUGCCAAUGGAGUUCCGAUUAUGCAAGGUCAAAUACCAAAAAUCAUGCCUGCAUUGCCUGCGGCGACGACUCCAAAUAAACCUGCAGCUUCCGGUGAACCUAAUGCUCCCCUAGCCGAGCGUGCCCGUCAAUUCUUUCAGCGCAUUUUCCCUCCCAAGCCCAAAGCUCCGGAAUCUCAGCCCGUGAAAAUCAUUCCAGCCGUCGUAUCCAGCAAUAAAUCGAAAGGUGCGAAUACGUCCAAAAGCAUCAAGGGCCCUAACUCCAAGGGCUCCAACUCCAAGGACUCCAACUCCAAGACAGCUGAUUCACCGGCCAAAGAGGCUAAGCCUAAGCCUAAUCCCGCGCAAGGGCUCAAAGAAUUUCUCGACAAAUUGCCCAAACCGAGCCGUCGCGAGGUCGGAUAG